AUGAAGAACGCUCCCACAACACCAGUGGAUUUAAAUGUGAUUCUAAAGCAACUGGAUACUCAGUACAGCGACCAGAUGAACCCGGAGGAGCUGGAAUUCCUAUGCCUACUCGAGGUAAGAUGCGAAUAUUGUCUGGAAAAUGUCGACAAAGGAUUGCAGUUUCUCAAAGGUCAGCAUGUGGAUUUGGAAAAUCUCGGUAGUCAUGACAUUGUCGACGGAAAUCCACGCCUCACUCUCUGUCUUAUCUGGACCAUUAUUCUUAGGUCCCAAAGCCAAGAUAUCACCUUUGAAGACGCCGAUAACCACGAAACCCGUUCCGAUAAGGAAGCGUUACUACUUUGGUGCCAGAUGAAAACCGCUGGCUAUCCGAAUGUGAAUGUUAGGAACUUCACAACAAGCCAGAAUAACUUCGGAUCUGAUCUUGCUAGUGUUGAGGCUGCAACCAAGAAGCACGAAGCUAUUGAAACCGACAUCUUUGUUUACGAAGAGCGUGUUCAGGCAGUUGUUGCUUUGCAGAUUUUACUCAAUUCUUUGGGAGAGCUUGAAGCUGAGAACUUCCAUGGAAUCGAGGAGAUCAACCGGAAAGAGAAUCUGCUCAAGCUGUGGAAUUACCUCUUCCAGUCUGGACAAUACUCAACGCAAGAAGUAGCUUUGUUCGUAAUCACUUAUUUGACUUCCCCUCGAAUCUUCGAUUUUGUUCUAUGCACGCCGCUGAAUAAGGGACUCAAACUCUACCAACCACAAAUUGUGCUAAACUGACAGAAAGGAUUAUCCAAGAAGAUCAAAAUAAACGUCUACUCAAAUCUAGCAAUUGCUCGUGCGGUUGCACUAUGUAACCAUCGACACACCUGUUUCUUUGAAAUCCAUCGAGGCGAGAGACUUCUUGUGCGAGGAAAUACGAGGUUUUCUUCCUAUGGAGCUGAACGAGGGUGUCGUCCCGCUGAGGGUUUAUCGGCUCAGCAGAGAAGGCUGGAUGGACAAACGGUGCGUGCUGUGAACAUCGAGAAUUCGAACGGAUGCUCGACAUGAGUGACAUUCAACAUAUUAUAAGAACAUCUCAACUGACAACAUUAUCUAACCAGGCCGAGACUAUUCGUCCCUACUAGGGGUCGCCGUCACUCAUAGCCUUCAAGUACCACAUCAACGUAGACUUAAGACCUUAUUAUAUAAGCCACGGUUCAGGAAAACUUACUACUAAAAGAAUUUGCUGGGCUUCAGAAUGAGGUGCGCUUGCACAAAGCCUGUAGAGCCCAUGCGCUCACUGUUCCUGUACGGAAUCAAGUACGGUGGACUCUGAGUUAUGAGAAUUUGGAAAAAGUAUAUGUUUUGGGUCACCGCAAGCCGUUCAAGGUAUGAAUGACGGGGUCAUCUGCAAAAAGAUUUUGACUGCCUUUUUUUGUAGAGUAUGAAUUUGAAUUUGUUUUUGCACCAUCACGUACAGGUAGCGAAAAUAGCAAAGGAUGCUUUCGAUGAAAUUACCUGCUUCUUACAAUCGCUCUUUUCUCAGGUGAAUUAUCCAGUAAUGAAUGUUUUCAGUUUUCUAUAUGAUUCCUAAAUAUGCGACCCCGACCCAUCAGACAUUUGGAAAUAUUUACAUCGGACAUUUAAG